AUGUGGACGGGAGGAUCGCGGCGCGAUGCUAGCGAGAUUACAACAGCGAUUGCCAGCCGAGUCGCAACAGAUGCGGAUUCGGCAUUUGCUCGACGUCUGGGGAAGUCGAAUGGCCUAAGCGACGCUAGAUCGGAGCCUACUCCACUGAAGAAAACCUCAAUUAUCGCCGAAAACAUCGAAAUCUUUAGCGACCCGGUCGACAUUGGCAUGUUCGGAUGCUUCACCCAACCGUUUGACUUCUUUAGCUCAAUAACCCCCUCAAGGAGAUCCACCUGCCUGCCGGCUGCGGACAUGUCUCUUCACCCUCUUGGCCGUGUUCCAUCCCCAACCCUCAAGUUCGCCUCACACCAACCAAUGCGCCUCGUGUUGACAUAUCGGCAGGAAAACCUCACCCUUUACAUUCCAGCAUAUUUUGAGGCCUCUUAA